AGCGGUGACGUCGCGCGGCCCCGGCCAAUCGCGGCGCGGCUCGGCGCUGGCCCCGCCCCCGGCCCCGGGCGGUUACAGUGUAGCGAGCGGAGCUGUCAUGGAGCCGCCGGGGGGGCCCGGCCCCGGCCCCGGCCCCGGCCCCGGCCCCAUCGCCGUGCUGCUGCAGGCGGCCGCCUACCUGGAGCGCCGCGACCGAGAAGCGGAGCACGGCUACGCCUCGCCCCGGCCCUGGCAGCCCCGCCGCCCCCCUCCGCGCCGCGCCGCGGCCAGUGCCAGGUCCGUGCACAAGGAGCUGGAGCAGCACAGGAGGGCGCAGCUCCGGCGCUGCCUGGAGCAGCUGCGGCAGCAGGUUCCUGGCGGCGCAGAGCGCUCCCGCCACACCACCCUCAGCCUCCUGCACCGGGCCCGGCUGCACAUCCAGGUGAGGGCCCCCCUUCCGCCCCCAGGCUGGCAGGAGCGGGAGGCCCGGGGUAGCAGAGGAGCGGGGAGGGAAGGAGGGGCUAACCGUGCCUCUGCCGCGGCCCUGAAGAAGCUGGAGGAGCAGGAGCGGCGGGCCCAGAGGCUGAAGGACCGGCUGCAGCACGAGCAGCGGAGUCUGCGGCGGCGCCUGGAGCAGCUGGUGCCAGGUCCUGGCGGCGAGCGCACGAGGGCCAGCAGCCUGGACUCGUCCGCGCUGUCCUCGGAGCGCUCCGACUCCGACCAAGAGGAUGCGGAGAUCGACGUGGAAAUGACCGUGUUCGACAGCAGCGAGGGGGAUAUGCUGGCCCGCUUCAGUGCCGGCAGGGAGCACAGCUACUCCAGCACCCAUCGCCUGUGGCUAUGACGGCACCCAGCCAGGCUGCCACAGCCUAAGCCCAAGGAGCCCUGGUCCAGAUGUGCGCGUAGCUUCCUUGCCCAGCACCCUGCUGAGCCCAUGGGCCCGGGAGGAGCCCUGAAGACCCAUCAGCCGCAUCCCCUGGAGCAGCGUGGGCACCCCCUGCAUACACCCCGCCACCCAGGCAUGCGGCGGGAGGAGCCUGCCCCUGCUUUCAACCGCUGCCAGCUGCUGGGACCGAACUGCAUGCUCUGACAGCCACAGGUGCACUGAGGGGAGGGAAGAAGGUGGGGGCUCUUGCUCUGGGUGGCAGGAACUGGAACCGCUUCAGAAAAUGCUGCCCCGCAAGCAGGCAGGCAGCAGCGAUGCCCCACACCCUGUCAGGCCGCCUCUGCUCGCACAGGGCCGAGCGCCAGCAGGGGCUGUAGGCACCUGAGCGCCUCCCUCUGCUGCCAGGACAUUGCUGAAUGCAACAGGAACAGGGGGGCCAAAGCCAGCAUCUCCUGGAGAGCUGCACCUGCUGUCACAGCCCCAGCCCUCAUCCCCGGGAUUGGGACUUGGCCUCCUGCUUCCAGCAGCCUACGCCCUCCCUAGCCUGCUGGUGGUGUCUAACCCUGGCCCUGGGUGACACAUGGACCUGCACUGCCAGCCAGGCCCAGCCAAAACAAGCCUCAGGGAGUCGAAUGUUUAAUGAUAAUUACAUCUCAGGAAGGCGUUCUCCAUCACUGAUUGUCAGACUUGUACAACAUUGAUUAAAAAAUAUAAAAUCUA